AUGGAGGAAUCUUAAACAGCAAGUGAAUAAACUAGCCAAAAUUAAGCAGAGUCUGUUAGAGAUAAAUCACAUAAAUUGAUAAUCGAUAUUGGAUAUGGAUCAUAUUCAGCUCACGCUAUAGCCCUAGCUGUUUACUUAUCAAAUGCUCAUUAAGUUGAAAUUAUGGGGAUAAUAGCAUCUAUUAAGGACAAAAAUGGGUCAAAUUUUACAAAGAUAAUUACAGAUAUUCUUGAUGUCAAUAAUGCUACAGGUUUAAAGAUUUAUGAAGAAGUUAUUAACGAAUCAGAAGGUGAUCACGAGAUCAAUGAGCACGACAGUAAUAUCGAUUAAGCUAAUAGUUAAAGUGAUUUCGACAGGAAAUCUGAUUACUCUAAUCUUACCUCUGAAAAUGCAAUCAAUUUCAUCGUCAAGGCUAUCAAUGAUAAUCCCAACAAUAUCACCUUCGUUUGUUUAGGUGGCCUCUCUAACAUCAUCAAGGCUUAUGAAAGUUGCAAAAUACUACCUGAGAUUUUAAAAUAAGUAAUAAUAAUCAGCGAUAAGCUUAAUGGAACAAAAUUCUCUCAAGAUAUAACUACGACAAAAAAGUUCUUUCAAGUCUUUAAAAACAUCACAUUAGUUGGAUCUAAUUUAUCCGGUAUAUCUGAGAGUAGCUAUUUGAAUCAGGAAAUGUAUUCUUAGAUUUUGAAACUAGAUUCUGAAAGAGCAAGAUUAGUUAAGAGAGAAUUUGAUACACAUGAGUAUAAAAGAGAAAAUAAUUCCUACUUAAUAAAUCAAUUAGCCGUAGCUUGUGCGCUCGAGCCGUAAAUAAUAAAAAACUAUACCAUGAGAAAUGUUUAAGUAGUGUAAGAUAGUGAUUCAGCUGAAGUUCAUCUUUUCGCUUAGCUCGACUAAAGUCAAAAUAGCUAAGAACAUCAGGUUAAAAUCAUUACUGAGGUUGAUAAUUCUUUGUUUGCAGAAUUAUUGGGAGAUUUUUUAAAAGAUGGUGAAGAAAUCUAUUCCUUAAAACAGUUUGAGAAGUAGAAAAACUAAGAAAUACUACAGACUUAUCUAGAUGUCAUUGGAAUUCCAAGAUCAAUCAAACUCACUCCUAAUCUUGAAACAUUGAGUUUGGUAGUAAAUAAGCAUGUCUUGAAUAUUCCUUAUCAAAAUUUCCACUAUCACUUCAAAGAUAGAAAGGCACUUUCAUUUCAAUUUAAAGAUUUAGUUGAUAGAUUAGCUGUUUAAAGGUUGGGCGGAUUAUGUUUCGAACAUAUUGCCUUAACAUACCAUGUGUUAAAAGAAUUAGGGUUCGACGUCAGACCACUAUUAUCUGCAGUAUAUAAGAACUUGCCGAAUAUAUUCAGCAAAGAUUAUUUCCAAACUCACGCCUUCUUGAUAGUCAUUCUAAAUAAUUAGCAUUAUAUUGUUGAUACUGGCUUUGGAUCAGAAACCCCAUCCUUCCCUCUGCUAAUUAACUUUGAGGUUGAUGAGUAGAUCAUUAAAGUGGACUAAUAUAUUACUUUUAAGUUGGUCAACUAUCAUGACAAUUCUGAGCUCUAACUUUGGUUUGAUAAUUAAUGGUUUAGAUUGUAUGCUUUUGAACGACCUCUAGCUUCCUUGUAAAUUGAGCAAAUUUAUGAUUAAUACGUGGCCCUUCUGAAUUAUGAUGGAUAUCAAGUUAUCAGAGAUAAGUUUAUCAUUGUAGGAAUACUUAAUUAGAAAGGCUUUUAUCAAUCAUAUUAUUUCCCCUCAGCCAAAACAUUCACAGCAAUUGAUGGAUCCUUAAGAGAAGGAGUUGCUUUUCAUUAAAGAUACGAGUCUCUUGAAUAAUUUUAUGAGGAUGUGAAGAAAGAAACUGGCCUAAUUGUGCCUUUAGACUCUCUGCUCAGGACUGACAUUGAUAUUGAUAAUCAUUGA